AUGCUCACCUUUCGGAAAAAUGAAAAGUGUUGGUCUUUAGACACUAGCGUUCAUGUCGUAGCGGAGGAUCUAGAGCCAACCGAAAGAAGAAAGGAAACUAAGGAUGAAGGGGUGUUGGAGGACCCACAAAGUGAACACACCCUUUCCGAAGAAACGUCUCCGCGUUACGAUUUCCGCCCCCGACAACGCGUAAAUUAUUCCGAAAAUUUUGUGGGCUUAGCAUCAGCAAGGUCUCUGCCUAUCAAACUGACCUCAAUUCUGAGUAUGCUCAUGAUCCUUUGUUUUUCACAGGGGAUGACGGCGGACAUAGCUGGGAGCAGCCCUAGAAGCAGAGAACAACUGCGGUGUGUCCCAGGGGGAGUACAGUUACUUUCAUCCAACCACAAGCGUCAUGAACUGUGCGCAGAAGAGAUCUGCUUGGCCAUUGAUAACUCACGAGUGGACGAAACAAUCCGAUUCCCACCGCACGUAGUUCUUCAUGACCAUGUGGUACAAUGGAAAUUUGAAGAAAAUGGCACUAUACAUACGCUAGAAAUUACUAAUGCUAGAGAAAGAAGACAGAGAAGAAUGGAUUUGGCCCAACUACUAGCGGUUUUCACGAUCUUGGCCCUAUUUCUUUCUAUCAAAGCGUGCCAAGAAGUUAAUGUGUUUUCACACCAUAUGACGGAGUGUUCGGAGGGAAAGAAAACUUGUAAAAUCUUCAGAUGCACAAGAUGGAACGAGGCGGUGAAACUCAGAGUAAGACAUACGGACGUGUUGUCCCAGAAAACCAAAUCUUACGUGGCUCUCCUACGGCCCAACGUUCCGUUAAAAUGGAUUUCGAUAACAGUUCCCCCUCUCCCGACUUUGAAUAAUCCCUUUAUCACGGAUGGGAUAGGUACUGCGUUGUGGGAUUCGCGUUUGGUGCCCCCACUACAGUGUCCUACUCGAGAAUCAGCUGAAACUCUUCAGUGUGAGGUAAUAGAAGAUUGCAUAUGUAGUUCAGCAGAAACGAAAAUGAACUGCAAUUGCAAAGAAGUCAGGAUCUCAAGCUGGUUUCAAAACUUGCAGAACACACUACCUGUUAAGACACCUUCCCUGACAUUCUUCAGGAAUCGAGUGGGGAACGUAGAAGCCCGCAUCCCGACUAUGACGACAUCAGAGAUCAUACUAACAGUUGAUGAAGACCUUGAAACUGAGCUCUCGAUCGAAGACACGAAAUGUCGAGUCGAUAACGCGUUAUUGAUUGGUUGUUAUAAGUGUUCGAAGGGAGCUGUAGCACAAGUGACAUGUAGGUCAUCUAAACCAACGCUUGCGGAAAUCAUUUGUGACCAAACGAGUUUCACUAUCAAGUGUAACGAAAGAGGGCAACAAUCUUCCCUGCUAUUCAGUUUUUCCCAGGCUAGAGUGCAUAUGACGUGUUCGGUUUCGUGUGGUUCGGAGAUAACAAAAUUUGAGCUUAGUGGCAUUCUAAAGUUCACCCAAACAGCUCAAGCGAUGGCAAACUACUGGGUCAAAGGAACGAGAGCCUUGGUGCGAUGCAUCCGCAAAGAAACGCAUUGA